UUCAACCUCAGCUACAAACGGAUUCCAUUCACCACUCAAUGGCUUGAAUAUCCCUCCAUCGCGCCAACAAUGAAGUCUCUAGGCGCCGAUCCACUCGUCCCUGCCUCUCGGAGCUCAAACGGCGAACCAUUCUACACUCUCCCCGUUAUCUAUGAUCCAAAUCACGACAAAUACGUCACCGAUUCCUUCGCGAUUGCGCAGUACCUCAACAACGUCUACCCCACGCCCGGGCGCGAACUCUUUCCGGAGGGCACAGUGGCGCUGCUGCAUGCGUGGGAGGCCGCUCUCACGGGC